AUGGCUAACAUCGUGGAGGCGAAAACUCGAGCGGAAUUUGAGGAUUUCCUCAACAAAAGCGGCUCGCGGCUCACCGUGGUCCACUUUCAGGCGUCGUGGGCUCCGCAAUGCGCCCAAAUGAACGAAGUCGUGGCGGAGCUAGCUAAACAGCACGCUAACGCGACGUUCGUCAAGCUCGAGGCUGAAGCCGUACCGGAAGUAUCAGAGAAGUACGCCAUCGCUUCGGUGCCCACUUUCGUCCUCUUCAAAAGCGGCGCCCAAGUGGACCGUCUGGACGGCGCGCACGCUCCGGAGCUGACCAAGAAGGUCCAACGCCUGGUCGGUUCCGGCUCCGAACCCGAAGCGGCCCCGUUGGACUUGAACGAUCGUCUGAAGAAGUUAAUCAACGCGGCGCCUUGCAUGCUCUUCAUGAAGGGCAGCGCGCAGGAGCCUCGCUGCGGUUUCAGCCGGCAGAUAGUGGCCCUCCUCCGGGAGAGGAACGUUUCCUUCAGCACCUUCGAUAUCCUGUCAGACGAAGAAGUCCGUCAAGGCUUGAAAACCUACUCCAACUGGCCCACCUACCCGCAGUUGUACUCCAAGGGCGAGCUCGUAGGAGGUCUGGACAUCGUCAAGGAGAUGUUCGAGUCGGGCGAGCUGGACGACGUCUUGCCCAAAGCGCCCACCCUGGAGCAGCGACUCAAGGAGCUCAUCAACCGCAGCCCGGUAAUGCUCUUCAUGAAGGGCAGCAAGGAGGAGGUUCGCUGCGGCAUGAGCCGGCAGAUCGUGGAGAUCAUGAACGCCACCGGGGUGGACUACGACACCUUUGACAUCCUGGGGGACGAGGAGGUUCGGCAGGGGCUCAAGACCUACUCCAACUGGCCCACCUAUCCUCAGCUGUACGUCAAGGGGGAUCUCAUAGGCGGCUUGGACAUUGUCAAGGAGCUGGAGGAGUCCGGAGAACUUCAAGAGAAACUCGAGCAGGGUUCCUAG